UCGACAUCCGCAUCUUAAACAAGAAAAGAAAGCAAACAGCCCUCACAUCCAAGUUCAACAGCAUCGAUAGAGUUCCACAUACCACCAUGUCUACACCACAACCCCACUCACUCCCUGACAAAAGCGUUAUCGACAGCUUCGAACCAGGCCUUACAGGCCCAUCUGAGCAUACAGGUACGCUCAGAGAGUUCUUCGCAACGAUGAAGCGCCCGGCAGAUCUCAAGUGUUUCCGCCAAAUAGGCUGUGACGGCAUCUGCAGGACCAUUCGUUGGGUGCCUGGACCGGAUGACGAGCCAACUGGCAUGGAGGUCUAUGGUGCACAGCCCAUGUCACCGCUUUUGCUGAAAGAGUACCUUGAUCGACACGACUGGAGUCAAGCGAAUGAGGAUCGCUUCCGUGGUGUUGAUGGCAGGAGUACGCCGAAAAAACAAUGGUUCGAUCCACUCCCGGGCGUUUUACCCCCUUCAAGUACUAAAAACGAGCGAAUAGCAGAGAGAGAUCGUUUCAACGAGGAACGAAGGACCCUCGAAGAGAAGAUAGCAAAAGGAGAGGUGAAGGCAGAGGAUUCGGGGCCAGCUUGCGGGGCCGUGCGAAGCAAUUAUGAUCUGAGUCCACGGUAGUGAUUACCCCCUCAGUCACUGGAAGAGUACUGCGAGUGUGUUGCAUACGUCGAUGAUCUGAAAAAUGCCUUGAUUCGGGCCUGC